CUGGACAGAUAGCUGGCAGUGGACUCCAAGCAGGCAAGGAGGUCAAGGACUGGCUUGAUUGCCAAAAGACCAGAUACCCCACAGCUUUGAGCCCUUAGACGAUGGAGGGAGAGGAAGUCCCAACUGUGUAGAAUUCUAUCUCCAAAUUCACCCAGAACAAAGAGUGGUAUCUCCAGGGGUCCUUCCUGGCUCAGUCCAGCCAGCAUCACCAUGAACAACCCUCUCCCUCUCCACUUCUUGCAACUUUAGGGUUCAGCGGGGCUGGCAAGUGAGGGAGAACUCUGAGGCAACCCAUGGAGACAUAAUAGGGAUUCCUGCUUUCUGGUCUCCCUCCCUUUCCCAGCGUCCAGAUCUUUGAGCAGCUGCUGGGGCAGCCAGAUGGGGAGGAUGGGGUAGGGCCCAGGGCUGAAUCUUCGCCCCUUGCUGCCACUUGAAACCGCCCCCUGAAAACCUGGCUCUCAGCGACCUGGGAGAGGAGGGGGUGGAGGAAGAGUAGGGAGCAGGGCUCCAGGUGCAUCAGUGCAGCCCCCUUCCCUGGGGAACGACCCCACCCCCGCAGGCCCUAAUCCGUUGUCAGCAAUGCCCAGGCGGAGCUUGGCGUGGAAGGAGGCACGUGGGGGAGGCGGGAGUGCGGAGCGGGCACGUGGUCCAGCCUCCUCAGCCCCGUGCAUGCCCCCCGCCCCCCGUGAGGAGGGGUUUGGGGAGGUGGGGGCGGGCCUGGGCGGGGGCGGGCGGCGGGAGGCUCAGAGCGUGGGGCGCUGGCCCGCGGCAGGAGCUGUCCGCGAGACCUAGUGCUGAAGUAGGUGCGGACGUGCCUGGCUCCCGGAGCCCGGUGCCAGGGCCAGCGAAGACCAUGGCGUUCAUGGUGAAGACUAUGGUGGGCGGCCAGCUGAAGAACCUCACCGGGAGCCUGGGGGGCGGCGAUGACAAGGGGAACGGGGACAAAUCGGCGGCCGAAACGCAGGGCAUGAGCCGAGAAGAGUAUGAGGAGUAUCAGAAGCAACUGGUGGAAGAGAAGAUGGAGCGGGACGCGCAGUUCACGCAGAGGAAGGCGGAGCGGGCCACGCUGCGGAGCCACUUCCGAGAUAAAUAUCGGCUGCCCAAGAACGAGACAGAUGAGAGCCAGAUUCAGAUGGCAGGUGGAGACGUGGAGCUGCCCCGGGAGCUGGCCAAGAUGAUUGAGGAGGACACAGAGGAGGAGGAGAGGGCCUCCGUCCUUGGGCAGUUGGCCAGUCUCCCUGGCUUGGACCUCGGCUCACUCAAGGACAAGGCCCAGGCCACAUUGGGGGACCUCAAGCAAUCAGCUGAGAAGUGCCACAUCAUGUGACUACUUCCCCUGGGGUUACCCACUGGGGUGACCAGGGGGCUGGGCCCACAUGAGGGCUAAGAGCAUGUCUCAAUGUCCAGGGACCCACACCCCAUCUUAGUUUUGUUUCCCCCUCUCCCAUGUUAGCUCAGGACCCUUCUCAUCCAUGGCCCAAACCUGCCUUCUGGUCUCUCCCUCUCCCCUGGGAUCAGAGUCCCCAUUCCUCACCCUUUCCCUCAGGACCCACCCUCUCUGCUCAGCCUGGAGAAGCCUCCUAAGAUUGUAGGAAUAGGCCCAUCCCUCUCCGGCCAUGGCCCCAAGCUCCUGCACACAGGAGCACCCACAGAGAGACACAUAGAGAGACAUGGAAACCAUGGCGUGUGCGGAAGCAUGUACCACAGACACAUCCUGGCAAACACACACACACACACACACACACACAUGCGCGUGCGCGCGCGCGCGCCAGCCCCUCUAGACACCAACACUCAGACAUGCUUAGAGGGGUCUUUGGGCAGACACCUUCAGUAGAUCAGAAGCCCAACUUUGAGCCUCCACGUUCAUUUUCCUUGAAAGCCACUGCUCUUUCUGGGCCUCACUGCAUCAUCUCUAAAAUGGGGGUGGACCGGGUAAUUUCUAAGACUCUUUCUGGCUUCGCCUCCCUGGAUCUCAGAGCCCACCCUGCACUCCUCGUUGGGCCGGACAACAGCUGCAGCCAGAGCCUCGAGCGGCUGCCGUUGCACCGUGGGCUCUGGCUCUCGGGAGCCGAGUGAUGCUGUGUGAGGGGCCGAGUGCCAAGGAUGAAGCUGGCACUGAACGGUAGCCCAGGCGGCUCCAGGCCUUCUCUGGACCCAGGCCCAGGCAAUUUCUGUUCUGUUCCCGUAGAACUCUCUCUGGAUUCCAUAGCUGGAUCUCCUGU